AGUCUUGAAUACAAACAGGGCAUCGGGAAUGUGCAUGUAAUGUAUGUCGGCACAUGGACGCUGACUUCGAGUGAUGAUAUUGUUGUGAUAUGAUGGCUGAGAAUAUAGAGAGGUUUGUCAGCGAGGCUAAAGGAAAUGGUUUGCGUGCUCUGCGGGAAGUCAAAGCAGGCGAGGUGAUUCAUUCACGCGAACCCUAUGCAUUCUGCAUAGCGAGGGAUUUCUUGAAAACUGCCUGCCAAAGUUGUCUCAAGAGAGCUGAAAGUCUGUCGAGAUGUUCUCAGUGCAAGACGGCCCGGUACUGCAGUGUUCAGUGUCAGAAGCAAGCGUGGCCCGAUCAUAAGAGGGAAUGCAAAUGCCUCAAGCGCCUCCAGCCUCGGAUCCCCACCGACUCUGUCCGCCUGGUGGCGAGGAUCAUUUUCAAACUGCUCAGCCAAUCAGAAAGUGAGCAAGAGGAGCUGUACUCGAUAGCCGAGCAUCAGUCACAUCUUGCGGACAUGAGCGAGGAGAAGAAAGAAGGCCUGGGGCAUCUCUGCACGGCGCUGCAGGUUUAUCUCGGUGAGGAGAACCACGAUCUGUCUCGGCUUCCACCCGGCCUCGACCCCAUCAGCCUCCUCGCCAGAGUGACCUGCAACUGUUUCAGCAUCAGUGAUGGAGAGCUGCAGGACGUGGGGGUGGGACUUUACCCCAGCAUGUCACUGCUGAACCACGACUGCCAGCCCAACUGUGUCAUGAUCUUUGAGGGCAAGAGACUCGAGCUGAGAGCCGUUCGCCUCAUCAGACCCUGUGAGGAGCUCACCAUAAGCUACACAGACAUCCUCGCGACCAGCGAGGAGAGACGUUCCAGAUUACAGGAGCAGUACCACUUCCUGUGUCAGUGCACGCGCUGCAUCACUGAGGACAAGGACUGCGACAUGCUGGAUGGAGAGAAGACGGUGUGGACAUCCUUGAGAGACGCCAUCCCUCACCUGGAGCAGCUUCAGUCGGAUCAUAGCUGGGAGGAGCUGCUGAAAGAGAGCCGGGUUUUUUUGCACAGAUGCGCAGACGUCGUGCCGGACAGGAACAUCUAUGUGCUCAGGCUGCUGGACCUGGCCAUGGAUGCGUGCAUCAGUCUGGACGACUACGAGACGGCGCUGGAGUACGGCGACAGAGCUCUGGAGCCUUACAAACUGUACUUGAGUGAUCCUCAUCCGUCCAGAGCGCUGGAGCUGCUGAGGGUGGGGAAGCUGCAGCACUACCUGGGCAGGCUGGAGGAGGCUCAGGGGAGCUUCACGCAGGCCUAUGACAUCAUGAAGGUGACCCACGGGACGGCUCACGUCCUGACGAACGAGGUGAGGAGAAAACUGAGCGAAUGCCAGGCUGAGCUGGGUCGAGUCUAGGCUGACGUGUGCCGUCACACAGAGAGAGAAUGCUGCAGUCACGUUGGCUGUCAAUCAACACGUCGCUGUAUUUGCUCUCAAAUGGGACGUUUCUGGAUGGUUGUGUCUGCCACAUGCUUUCGUGCCACUGUGCAUCAAACCAGCUGCUUUAGAAUUCAACAAAAAAAAAUAUAUAUAUAUAUACUUUUCCCUGCUUCUUCUACUCCGCUUGCCAGAGGAAAAAAUCGACAUUACUCUACUGUGCUUUUUCAUUCAAUUUCAGAUUGCUCGUCCUUUUUCAGAUCCGCUUUUUCAUAUUCUGAAUUUUUUCCGAUAAUGACAGAGUUCGGCUUGUUGUCCCCUUCGCUUUUAACACUCAAUCCAAGAUAUAGUGUGUAUAAUUCGAAAGAAAGUCCCACAUCUAGGUAUCGUAAAACCAAAUUACCGGUUGCAAUAAAAAAUGCUACAUUUAAAGGAAUGUGGAGUAAUGCAGCUAUUACAAAGUCUGAACGAAUCAAGAUGCAUUUUUUAUCUGCAGCUGCAAAUUCUUAGAUAAACGUAUAUGGCAUUAUGGUAGUAUUUAAAUGCAUCUGAUUAAGUAUUCAGUAAAUCCUUACACUAAUAUGCUGCUUCUUCUGGUCACUUGGGAAAAAUAAAAUGCUGAAAAUAUUUUAGUGUUAAUAAAAAUUUUUUAGUAAGUUUGUACUUAUACAGAGAUUUUUUUUCAAUCUAAUAAUUUUCUUUUUUUUUUCAGAUGCAUUUUUUCUGUUAUCAACAAUGAUGUUUUGAUAGUUGCAGUACCAACACUGAUUGGAUCAUGACAUUUUAAACUAACAUUUUAAAGGGAUUAGCACAUUAAUACAUUUUCCCAAACUACUGAGGUGCUGUAGAGUACUGUUUAUUGACUUAAUGAGCCUUAAAAAUGACUAUAGUGUGAUUUUGACUAUAGCAUAAUCAGCUGUUGUGAAAGGCAACACCUUUUCAGCAAUAACCGCUUCAUAAAACCCCUCCAAACGACACACGCUUCAGAUUUGUGCUUCAGUUUCUCAUCAUUAACUUCAAUCAUCAGAGUUACUCUGGCAAGACAAUGCUUUUCGCUCUGAUUUCAUAAACAUAUUUCAGCAGCUGUUUUGUGUUUUUAUGCUCUGCUUUUACCAUCUGGGUUGCGUUAUUGCAGUAAGCACUUGAUUUGUAAUGUGGGUCAAUCCUUCCUUUCAAUAAAUAUUCCCAUCGUAUGCCUUAA